AUGGCGACUCCCAAUAAUGUUACUCCCACCAACUGCAGCUGGUGGCCCAUCUCGGCGCUGGAGAACGACGCAGGGAAAUCCACGGAGGGGGAGGAAAACCAGGACCCGACAGACCCCGCUCUCAAAUCCCAGGACAGACUGGUUUUGUACCACUGGACCCAGUCCUUCAGCUCACAAAAGGUGCGGCUGGUCAUUGCGGAGAAGGGGCUGCCCUGCGAGGAGCGGGAUGUCAGCAUGCCCCUGAUGGAGCACAAGGAGCCCUGGUUCAUGCGGCUCAACCUGGGGGAGGAGGUGCCCGUCAUCAUCCACAGGGACAACAUCAUCAGUGAUUACAACCAGAUCAUCGACUACAUGGAGAAGAACUUCACAGGAGGUAAGGGGGGGCUGUGUCUUGGGGGGUUUCCAGCCUCGGUCCCAGCCUGCCCAUCAGAAAAUGUCACCCAGCUGAUCCCCGAGCCGGGCAGCCUGCUGCACUCGCGGGUGCUGCAGUACCGGGAGCUGCUGGACUCCCUCCCCAUGGACGCCUACACACACGGCUGCAUCCUGCACCCUGAGCUCACCACCGACUCCAUGAUCCCAAAGUACGCGACCGCUGAGAUCCGCAGACAUUUAGCUAACGCCAGCACGGAGCUGAUGAAGCUGGACCAUGACGAGGAGCCACAGCUCUCAGAGCCCUACCUCUCCAAGCAGAAGAAACUCAUGGCCAAGAUCCUGGAGCAUGACAACGUGAACUACUUGAAGAAGAUCCUUGGUGAACUGGGGAUGGUGCUAGACCAGAUUGAGGCCGAGCUGGAGAAGAGGAAACUGGAGUACCAAGGGCAGAAGUGUGAACUUUGGCUCUGCGGAUGCGUCUUUACUUUGGCCGAUGUCUUAUUAGGAGCCACCCUGCACCGCCUCAAGUUUCUGGGACUCUCUAAGAAAUACUGGGAAGAUGGCAGCAGACCCAACCUACAGUCCUUCUUUGACAGGAUACAAAAACGCUUCGCCUUCAGGAAAGUUUUGGGAGAUAUACAUACCACUCUCCUCUCCGCAGUGGUACCCAAUGCCUUCAGGCUGGUCAAGCGGAAACCUCCCUCCUUCUUCGGAGCCUCCUUCCUGAUGGGAUCUCUGGGGGGAAUGGGAUAUUUUGCUUAUUGGUACUUAAAGAAAAAAUACAUCUAGUGCUGGCUGCUUGGUGUUUAGUUUGGUGUCUCUGUGCUGUGUGAAAUUAUGAUGAAGCCUCAGUAACUGUAAUGAAAUUUGAAGCAAGGUAAUGAAUAAUUAUAUUGUUUAAUGUAACAUUCCAUAGUCUAGAAGUAGAAACGUAUACUGCAAGGAAAUAAGACAACAACAACAACAAAAAAAAAUGCGUCAACUUGUAAAUGCCUUUUUUAGGUUUAAGUAUUCAACUGCAGCAAGAGGCUCAGGGGUUCACGGGCUCAGCCGUGCUCACCGGGAAGCGACACCACCUCCGGCACCGGCCGGCUCCAGUGGGAGAGGCAGGAACCCCGGGAAGUUUCCUGACGCCCAAGUUAACUAAUGGGACUCGGAUACUCGGUCCUGUACGUUUGUGUUUCCAAAUUGUUCACUGGCCACAUUUCACACAUGCAGAUAGCGGGGACUUUCUUCUUCUAGAAGGCGUUGUGGUGUUGUGCUCGGAGGCUUUCCUGGGAGCAGGGUGCAGUAGCUGGUCACAGUCAAGGUGGAUUUGCAUUCUUCAACUAUCCAUUUUUUAAAUUAUUUUCAUUAAAAGGAAUAUUUUUUAUUGAGCUGCUUUUAGAAUGUAUCCACUUUCUACGUCUGGUUUUGGUGGGCUUUUUUUUAAAGAAUUUAAUGUCUGUCUUUAACUGCCGCACUUUUUUCCUGAGAGAAAUCAUUUUGACUUCCAUCCUGAAUUUUGGCACAUGAAGGAGAUUAUUGUUUUAAGCCUUUUGGCUCUGUCUCUUGAGUUUUCCUUCACGGAUUUGCAAAGCAUCUUUCACCGACUGAGCAUAUCUGGACUCUGAAAAAGUAUGACCAUUUUCAGAACUUUUCAGCACUUUCCUGAAGGCACUUUGGCUUUCUCUUCCAUCAGGGGCUCUUUUCUGUCAUUUCCUCGCUGUGUGUUUUCUUAGAGACACUUUGCACAGAAUCACAUUGAUGACUUUCUUGUGCCUUUUGCAUGUUGGAAAGAAUAAUGGGCCUCACUGCUACUCAUGCUUUGAAAACUGAGAUCCUCAAUAAACCAUAUGGGAGGAGUAA